AUGAAAACGCGACACGUUGUUUUGGAGUUGAUCAUUGGAUUGGCUCUGUGUAUGUGGGCUGCUUUGACUUUCCCUGGGAAAUUUCUCUCGAUCCAUCCAGACUCUGAUGAAAACAGGAAUUCGUCUUCUAGAGAUGUUCUGAGAGUCUUAACAUUGAUGUCUGUUAUGAAUUGGAAAGUUGAUUCUAUUCCAUGA